CCUCAAUCCGCGCUUGGCUUGUGACGAGCCAGAGAUCCAGGAGGAAGGCAGCAGCGAACGAGAAGAAGCGGGGGAGAGAGACCGUACGAGCCGAGAGCGCGCCAUGGCGAAGGCGGUCGCGGUGCUGGUGGCGCUGCUGCUGGUGGCGGCGGCGAGCGCGGGCGGGGCGGCGGCGCAGCAGUGCGACGCGGCGGGGCUGGCGGUGUGCGCGCCGGCGAUCGUCGGCGGGGCGCCGCCCACGGGGGCGUGCUGCUCCAGCCUGCGCGCGCAGCAGGGGUGCUUCUGCCAGUACGCGCGCAACCCGGCGUACAGCCGCUAUAUCAAAAGCCCCGCCGCCCGCGGCGCGCUCACCGCCUGCGGCAUCGCCAUCCCGCGCUGCUAGAGGCGCGGCGCGGCGCCGUGUCCCCGCGCGCGCGCGAGCUCCGCCUCGCUUGCGCGUGCGCGUCUACCUGGGUUUUCCUCGUCCGUGACGUGGUGUGGCGUGUGGAUUGAAAUAAAAAUUGUGUGAACCGGUUGAUCGUGGAGUGUGUACUGUGUAGCUUAGCCGAUGGAUGCAUGUCGAUCGGCCUAUUGUAUCCGUGCCUGAGAUGGAGAGUACUUAGUUACUGCAGAGUGAUGAACUAGUGCUACUGUUCUUUCUCAGCGUUA